GAAACCUUACAAACCCAAGUUAAAGAACGAUUGCGAUGUCGCCGCUCUCUACCUGUGCGUUGCUGGCGCUCAUCUGCGUGCUGAGCUUCGCCAUCCGCCUCUUUCCGGUCGUUAUAUGGGGCAGCGUCAUCCACGAGUUCGAUCCGCAGUUUAACUUCCGCGUUACAAAGUUCCUGGCCCAACACGGCGUCUACGAGCUUCUGGACUGGUUCGAUGACCGCGCAUGGUACCCCCUAGGCCGUAUCGUUGGCACGACGGUAUAUCCCGGCCUCAUGGCUGGCGCUGCGGGGCUACAGUGGACGCUAACGCUGGUGCUGCGACUUCCGAUCUCAGUCCGCGACGCCUGCGUCUUCCUGGCUCCAGUAUUCGCGGCGCUCGCCUGUGUGGCGCAGUUUCUGCUGACCUACGAAGUGACGAAUAGUACGGUGACGGCGCUGCUGUCGGCCAUGCUGCUGAGUGUGUCACCUGCGUACAUCUCGCGCUCGACAGCCGGGUCCUUUGACAACGAGGGCAUUGCGAUCUUCUUGCUUAUCUCCACCUUCUACCUCUGGGUGAAAGCAGUAAAGACAGGUGCAAUGUUGUGGGCGGCACUGGCUGCAGUUUCAUACUUUGGCAUGGCGCUGUCGUGGGGAGGAUACGUGUUUAUUAUCAAUAUUGUCCCGAUCCAUGUGCUGGCACUGUUACUUUCCGGACAUUAUUCACCCAAGAUAUAUGUGGCGUACUCAACGUUCUACCCUUUGGCGACGCUGGGAGCAAUGCAAGUCCCGUUCAUUGGCUUCAAUGCGAUGAUAAAGGGCGAAAACGCUGGAUCCCACGGAGUGUUCGCGCUUCUGCAAGCGUACGCCUUCAUGCACUGGCUGUCUACCCAGAUACCAAGAGACCAAUUCAUGCGACUGCUUCGUACGUGCUUGAGAGCUGGCGCAACGAUCAUCGGUAGUGGUUUAUUACUUGCGUUGUUGCUGGGAAAACUUCAAUGGAGCGGUCGGAGUUUGACGCUAUUGGAUCCAACCUACGCGUCCAAGUAUAUCCCGAUCAUUGCGUCGGUGGGUGAACAUCAACCAACAGUGUGGUCCGCGUUCUACUUCUCGCUCGGACCAGCGAUGCUGUUUAUCCCGUUGGGAGUAUUUUAUUCCUUCCAGAAACUCGACGCGGCUUUCCUGUUUAUGAUUGUCUACAGCACAUUCGCGUUUUACUUUUCUGGCAUCAUGGUCCGAUUGCUGCUGACUCUUGCGCCGGCAGCUUGCUAUCUUUCGGCUAUUGGUGCUUCAGGCUUCAUGCACAAGAUCGUGGAACUCACGCGGAAGGAUCCAGUUAGGGCAGAAGGAACUGAGACCAGCAACGCAACCGACGGGAUGAACAAGACGGAAGCAGAAGAAGAAAAGGAAGAUUCGACCAGGUCUCAUUCUGGGGAGAUCUUCUCGGCCGUUGUGGCUAAAUUGCGCUUUCAACCCGAUGAUGGUGAAAAGCAGAAAGCUCCCAGGGCUCUCCAACUGCUGGUAUUCGCUUGCGGGGUUCUCCUCGUUAUUCAUGCUCGACACUCUUCGAACAUCGCCAAAAAAGUGUAUUCGUCGACGUCGCUUGUGUUCGAGAAAAUGAACAUGACAACGAAGGAAAAAGAUUUACACGAUGACUACCGAGAAGCGUUUGCGUGGCUGCGCCAGAACACGCCUGAGGACGCCAAAAUUCUGAGCUGGUGGGACUAUGGAUACCAGGUCACCACGCUUGCGAAUCGCACAGUGCUUGUCGACAACAAUACGUGGAACAACACGCACAUUGCGACUGUCGGACGCGUCCUCACAUCACGUGAAGACGAUGCGUUACCGAUUUUACGAAGCCUCGAUGUUGAUUACGUGUUCUUACUGUUCGGAGGAAAUGUCGGCAUGCCUGGAGAUGACCUGGACAAGCUACCAUGGAUUGUAAAGAUCUCAGAAGGCGUGUUUCCUGACGAUGUGAUUGAGUCUGAGUUUCAGGUAAACGGACGCUACAUUUUCCACGAGAACGCGACGCUCGCGAUGACGGAGAGCGUCCUGUACAAGCUCAGCUACUAUGAAUUUAAUCAAGUAGAGAGUCAACCUGCAAAGGAAGGUGAAAAUCCCGUACUCGGGUGGGAUAUGAGUCGCCAAUUUAGAAUUCCAACGCGCGACAUCAAGCUACGGCAUUUCGAGCACGUGUUCACAUCAGACGCGUGGAUGGUUCGCAUUUAUCGGGUCAAGCGGUAAGGCUGUGGGCAUCCACCAAAAGUUUACCCUUGUCAAGGAGUUCAAGAAAAAAAAACAAUGUGGUUAAAAAUUAAACAAAUGAACAAGCCGCUGACGCAGGGAUGUCGACAAGAGCGGGAGGCAGACGCGACGCGCAAUUGAUAACGUUUCGUGUCCACCUCACUCUCUCGAUCAUCUGCAUCGACUCACUCACUCCUGACCCAACCAAAUGAAAUCUACCAUCCCUGUCGUUCAUCGCCCCAACUUGCACACCGCAAGACAUCCACCCGCUUUUUAUUCUUCUUUCUCGUCCCAGAUUGUCUGUCGUUGUGUCAGAAAAACGUUCACAGCACUUCAAUUCGUGCUGCUAAACACACACCCGCGUCAGCUCAUACUGGAAGGACGGUAGCAGCUUCCGUUUGCUGCUGUAAGGAGACGCGUUUGCGUGGGGUCAUUGGGUUCUGCGAGCUACGGUUAUGACAUCGCCUGGAGCUGAAUGCGCGCGUCGUUGAGCAUCUGCACGACCGACUCGCUGUCUGGACGAAGCGCCGGGUCGAACUGCAGACAGGCACGGGCAAUACGCAGGAUCACAUCGGGACAGUCCGGCGCGAAGCUUGGCCGCAACUCGCCCUUGGCCACCUUAAUCACAAUGGCCAUGUCGGGUGCGCCGCCGGCUCCUGUUUUGCUGCUCUUCUCUUCGAACGGGAUCUCGCGGGUGUCCAGUUCGCUCAAGACCACACCGAACGAGUACACGUCGGCCUGUUCGCUGUAGUUAUCGCCCAGCAUCACUUCAGGAGCGGUCCAACGCACUGUGCCCACGCCGGCAGUCAACGUCUCCUCGUACGUGCGGUUACGACUGAGUCCGAAGUCGCUUAGCUUGGCCACCAUACUCGAAUUCAGCAGCACGUUACGUGACUUAAGAUCACGGUGAAUAAUCUUGGGCGAACGUGAGUGCAUGUAAGCUAGAGCUUCAGCGAUAUCGAUGGCAAUGGAAAUCUUCUCCUUCUUCCAGCUCAGCUCGAUCUUACGGGUUUCCAGCAGUGUACGGACGUCUCCGCCGUCCAUGUACUCGGAGACGCCGCCUAGAUCCUUCUUGUUGGUCCACGUGCAGCCGAUGAAGCGUACGAUUUUAGGGUGCGACAGUCGGGACAUGGUCUCGAUCUCACGAGAAAAGGAGAUAGCCUCGUCCUCGCCGUCGAUCAUGCGCUUAACAGCCACGGGCUGGCCGUGGUAGUGACCCAGCCAUACGACACCAAAGGCGCCGCUCGAGACCUUGCGCGUCAGUAGAACUUCGCUCUCGUCCAGUCGGAACUUGACCAGCUCUGGGAAACAGUUGUCCGAGUCCGCACGGUUGCCGGUUUGAGAGGCGCCCAGAUUGCCAUUGCGCUGGUUGCGCGGAGCCGGCACGGAGCGACGUGGCUGGUUGCCGUUUUGUGGAGCCGAGAAGUUGCCGUUGUUCACAUUGGCCGCGAGGUUCGAGUAAUUGGCCUCGUUGUAUCGGUUGGUCAUGGGGCCCUGCGAGUCGUUCUUGUCCUUGCUGCUACUGCACCCCAUGGUUGUUGUGUGGUUUCAGAUAGAGAGGGAGCUCUGCAGGUUGUUUGGCAACGAGGGUGACAAUACCGUUAGCGUCGGUUUGGAGCAGAGGGGCGAAGGCAGACGUACGUUUUUGCUGGUUGCACGUAGCGAGCGGAGACUCUGCUUGGGAUGUGUGGGGAGGUGGUCCUGGAGGAAUGGGAACUGCGCGCCCCUGCUGCUGGGUCGGUGAGGGCGUGUGUUGCGUCGCCUUCUUUUAGUGGGCGUUUUCGAACUGGCUCCGGAGUGUAGGCGGCGAGGGGUACAUUUUCUGGCCUAAAAUCCUCUAUAAUUCGAUACGAUGUGUGUUACUUGUGUUACAUUUAUUUAAUG